AUGCAGGCUGAGGAAGAGCCCAACCCACCCCGCGUGGCUAUGCAAGUAACACCCGCCAUAGCUAUGCGGCUUCCAGAAUCGCCGAACAGGACAUCCAGCACAUUCAUCAAGCUCACCGAGUCGCCAGAGCCUGAGGCCUUGCAAACGGCGAUACAAGACCAUCCUCAAACAUCUAUGCAGCGGACUCUUUCCCGCACCGAAAUCGCAGACUUGAAUUCCAGCGGUACGCUCGACGUUUCUGAACCGUCUUCAACGUCACCAGAACUGACCUCGCCGCCUUGGCCACACAUACUCUUCAGCUGCCCGAAGACAGGCUGUAACAAGACGUACAAGAACCCAACCGGCCUCGAGAAUCACCUGCGACACGGUUCAUGUUCGAAGGAUCCCAGCACAGUCGUAGAGAUGAUGGACACGAUUCUCGCUCAAGAAGGGCUCACUCGGGCGGACGCUGUAUCCAAGGGCAUCAUGGACAAGAUCAGGGAGCAGGCGCUGACUCGCAUGCGUCCAAUCGAGUGUACCCUCGACACUUGCCUGCGCCGAUACACGAACAUGCAUGGGCUUCGUUACCACUAUCGCCAUUCGGGAGAACACGGCGCAAAGGGUAUGCGCCUUCUGGCGUCCGGUCGACACCCAUGUCUUGAGAAGCUGAGUAGCCGUGGACGACGGGCCGCCAAAGCAGCAACGGUAGCAGAGCUGAACGCUAUCGAGUCACAGACGCAGGGCGCCUGA